AUGGGGAAGAUGGAUGUUGCGGAGGGGCUUUGGAUGCAGGCACCACAAGACGUGGCACGCCUGGAUCGGCCAGUCCUUCGUGGUUUAGACUGGCAUCGGCAAGGCGUUCUCUUACAUGACCUGAAGAGCUUUGCUUGCUACCUAAUCCACUGUAAUUUGUACACUAAAGCAAUUUUCGAUUGCACUCGUUCACGCAACACCUGUCCUCGCUGGACUUUACCGGCUUCUGGUCGAUCCUGGGGUGGAUUUUCCUUGGUAUUGCAUGACGAUAGACUUCCGCGUAAUUCGAUUCAAAUCAAUGAUUAUAACAAUACUGCCUGGUCGUUUGACAGUCGCGUCCCGCUCCAAGCUCUAAAUAUUCCCCCACGUGCUCCCCGCCCUGAUCGCCUGAUUCCCAGUGGGCUAUCACGCCGUCGACACGUGGAAUCUCUGUUGCUCAAUACCCAGCAGCCGAACAGAUCAAGGACCAAAAUGCCCAGACAAGCAGCAGAACCAGCGAAGCGCGGCCGCCCUGGUAAAACCCAGCAGCCAGCCGCGGGCGCCAAGCGCAAGGCUACGCAGCAGCCGGCACGUAAGAAGUCGGGACCUUUCGAACUCUCCGACAGCGACGCACCAGCAUCGCGGGGCCGGCGGGAAGCCCCCGACGAUGCAGAGGAGGAAGACGAAGCAGAAGAAGAGGAGGAACAAGACGAAGAGGCUGGGGACGAAGGUCCAGACAAUACUAUACCUCCCGAGCUGCUGACGCGGCUGCUGCACGAGUUCUUUGAAAAGGACGACACGAGGCUCAGCAAGGACGCGAAUUUAGCGGCGGGAAAGUAUAUGGAUAUCUUUGUGAGAGAGGCGAUCGCGCGAUGUGUGCAUGAGAGGCCUGGUGGCUUUCUUGAGGUUGAGGAUUUGGAAAAGAUUGCACCUCAGCUGCUCAUGGACUUCUAG